UAAAUAUACCUUUACCUUUUACAAAAUGUAUCUUUAGGGCAUUCUAAUUGCUAGUUCAAUGAUUUAACUUGCAUCAGAAGAAUUCCUGACAAGAAGACAUUUAAAGCUACAUUGUCGUUUUGUGGAAAGCUUCAUCUUAUAUUUUCUGGCAUAUGAUUAACUGUUCUUGGAGAUAAAUGAAAUAGUUAGAUCAUUUGAGUUUCUUCACAGGAUUUAUCCAAUACUGAAGUGGUACCUCAGCGUCCAAGUACACCAAGAACACCAAAAGGAGGUGGUGAUGUGGGAAAGGAGAUAAGGCAUACUCCAGAACAAACUCCAUCUAAAAACAGUCAUCCCAGAGGUGGUUCACGCACUCUUCGAUUUCAGGGAGUAGAAGAGGUGAAAAAUGAAAAGCAGCAUCAGUCCCCAAAGUCUAGACAAGAUAUGCAUAUGCCUGAAAAAUCACUGCCAACUCCAUCUAGUGUCCCAGAACCAAUUACUAAUGAGUAUGAAAAUCCACCACAACCUGAACAGAAGUUAAUGAAAUCACCAUCAAGACCACCAUCUUCUCAAUCUGUCCCAUUUUCAAACAAUUAUGGACUAAACUCUCAAGAGUACAGUUUAGCCUUCAGUUCUCGUCCCAAAAUUCCAAGAACACCUGAACCUGGUGCGUCUAGACCUGAUGCAACCCCAUCUCCACAGCCACCACAAUCUUGUGGGAUGGCUCAAGCACCCAUGUCACCCAAAGUGUCAGCAAGUAGUCCACCUUACUCACCUCAUAAUGCACGGAAUAGACAUUCAGGUCCUCAUUCCCGAGGUAGAGCAACUCCACACAAAUAACAGAUUUUGAAUAUAAAUACUGUGGAUAAAAAAAACAUUUUUAAGGUACUUGAAAACAAAGUCUUUAAUUUAAGAAAAUGCUAUUUUUGAUAAAGUUGUGCUUUGGCUUCCUGUUUAUACGUGCAUGAAAGAUCAUUUAGGUUAUUUAGAAAGAAAGAAUUUUUUGAGACUACUCUAAUUUUAGAGCUUUAAUAUUAAGAAGUGGAUUGUGUAAUGAUCAGUUGUCUCAUAAUAGGGAUGUCACUGCCUUCAGUAUUUCAAACAUUUAAUUUUUUUGCACAUUUUUGAUAUGACAGAUGUUUCUUGUUUUAAUAUCAGCUUUUGUUU